UCUCAUAAAGCAAACACAACACAGACGUACAGCACAUCUUCGUUAUAGGUUUGUUCGACGAAACAAAAGAAACAUUGCAUUUCAAUAGUAUAAUAUCCAGGUUUUUUUAGAAACAUUCUUCCAAUCCUAAAACAAACAUGAAGAUAUUUUUGUGUGUCUUAACGGUUGGUCUGCCGUUUUUAAUGGCGCAAACUGUGAACUCGGAUGAAGUAAAAAAUGAAAUCGAUGACUUAACCAUCGACUUAGGGUACUUAGGGUCAUCCAUUUACGGCAAGCCGAGCAAGGAAACAGGGAAAAGGGUGGCCGCGUGGAAGAAGGGCAGUGCGCAGAACCCCGAGGAGCUUGGCGAGUACGCUGAAGGAGACAUCCUGCACUUACGCAAGGACCGUAUCGGGAUGAGGUUUACUUCUCGAUGGCGCGAUGGAAUUAUACCGUUCGAUUUCAGCCCUGAUUACUCGUUUGAAGACAAGCUAAUUAUAUCGCGAGUUAUUGCUGAAUUCACGAACUUGACUUGUUUGAAAUUUACACCUAAGAUUUCAAGUGAUACCAAUUAUGUACAAUUCACUAUGGAAAAUUCUGGAUGUUGGUCGUCCGUGGGCCAAGUCGGAGGAAAACAAAAUAUAAAUUUGCAGUACCCAAAUUGUUGGAUGGGCGUGGGGACAAUCGAACACGAAAUGCUUCACGCUGUUGGAGUUCUACACGAACAAACCAGACCAAACAGAGAUGAAUACAUCACCGUUCAUGAUGAGAAUAUCGAUAAGGAUGCCAUAAGUAAUUUCAACAAGUACUCUGAAGUAUUAGUAAACGACUUCGGAGUAAGCUAUGACUAUGGCAGUGUAAUGCAUUAUUCGCGCAAGGCGUUUUCCACAAACGGCAAAGACACUAUUGUUCCAAAGAAACCAGAUGUGGUUAUAGGCCAACGAGUUGGAAUGAGCAUUAAGGACCUGGAAAAAGUUAACAAGAUGUACAAAUUCAACUGGACUGAAUUUCGCUCGAAGACCAUAGACAUGAAGUUGUUUUUAUGUUUGUUGGCGGUGGGCGUACCGCUUGUCUUGGCGCAGCCAGUCAACUUUCGGGCGGAGGCAGACGAAAACGAACUAGACGGCGCCGAAGCGGGCGAAGAUGACCUGUACUCCGAGCUGGUGCACUUAGGUGCGUCCAUUUUCGGGACGCCAGACAAGAAGUCUGGAGAAAAGGUGUCAACGUGGAAGGAGGGCAGCGCGUAUAAUCCGGAGGAGUUGGGCGAGUACGCCGAAGGUGACAUAUUGCAUCCGAUCGGCGAGGGUCGUAAUGGGUUAAAAGCCACGUCGUCCCGGUGGCCAAAAGGAAUCAUACCAUACGAAAUCAGCCCUUACUUCUCGUCCAGUGAUAGACAAAUGAUAAUGUCCGCUAUUGAAGACUAUAAGAAGCUCACCUGUCUGAGAUUUACUCCUAGAACUUCAGGCGAUAGAGAUUACGUAUACUUCACUAACGGUAACACCGGCUGUUGGUCAUCAGUCGGCAAAAUCGGAGGCAGACAAGAGGUGAACCUCCAAAGUCCAGGCUGUUUAACCAAAAAAGGAACAGUUAUGCACGAAAUGCUUCAUGCCGCUGGAUUUAUGCACGAACAGAAUAGGCCUGACAGGGACAAGUACGUUACCGUCAACUACAACAACAUCCAAUCAGGCCGAGAAAAUAACUUCGAAAAAGCUCAGAGUUCAAUGAUAGACGACCAAGGAGUGGGUUAUGAUUAUCGCAGUGUAAUGCAUUAUUCGUCGAAUGCGUUUUCUAAAAACGGCCAAGCCACUAUUGAUCCGAAAACACGAGGAGUGACUAUGGGACAACGAGAUGGUCUGAGCAGAAAGGACGUGCAAAAAAUUCAAAAGAUGUACAAAUGUAAGAGCAAGCGACAACACACAUCUUCGUCUAGUGAUGAUUAACUCUAGCAAAUUACUCAUUAGUGUACCGGACUCUGGUUAAGUUGUUAUGUUAAAAAUAAUUUCUUUAAAAAUAAAUACCUACCUAAUGUAAAAAUGUGUACAAUUUUAUAAUUACAAAUAUUUAUUAUAAUUGUAUUUUUUUGUUAAAAUGUAUCACUAUAGUAUGGGUUUUUCUGUUUUAUUAUUUAAAUAUAUAUAAUUUAUUUCCCGUUGUGAUAUAAUGGUGAUUUAUACAAA